GUCCAAACAUUCAUUCACCAGCACUCUCAGUCCUUCUGGAUCCUUGUAAAAGUGUGGUUAUGAAAAUGGCAGUGCUUUGCUGUACAUCCAUGCAGCUCUUGCUAGUGGCACUGGCCACUCUGGCUGGGAUCUGUCUGGGAGGGUCUGAUGGGCCCCGUGGAGUGGCUCUUCCUUUUGUCUUUGACCCCAAAGCAACGUGCGACCCACCUUGCAAACAUGCUGGGAUUUGCAUCCGAAACAACAGCUGCUUCUGCUCAAGAGGAUAUGAGGGAGAAACCUGCCAAUAUGCUAACUGUUAUCCAAAGUGUAAAAAUGGUGGAGAGUGCCUUCGACCUGGAAAAUGCAGAUGUCCUUCAGGAUUUGGAGGAAAAUACUGUCACAAAGUGGCUUGUGAUGGUGGCUGUUGGAACGGUGGUGAGUGUAUUGCUGUGAAUGGAAAAGCAAAAUGCAUCUGUCCAUCCAGCUGGACUGGCUCCAGAUGCCAAGAUGCGAUCUGUCCACAGGGAUGCAGGAACGGGGGCAGCUGUGUGGCUCCUGGAAUCUGCAGCUGUCCAGAAGGAUGGAUAGGUGGAGCCUGCCACACAGCUGUGUGUAAAAAGCCGUGUGUGAAUGGAGGGAAGUGUGUGUCUCCUAACACCUGUCGCUGUCGAGCUCCGUUCUCAGGCCCACAGUGUGAAGAGAGGAAGAAGCUCUUCUGAUGUCAGAACACUCUGACCUCUGACCUCAACGCUCCCUCAGAUUGGUGCUAAAGUUACAUGUUUGUUUGUUGAACCCUAACUGAACAUGUGAGGAGUGUGAUGUGUUUUCUAUAUUAUCAUUGUACAUGACAUUAUGACUUUUGUAUUAUUAAGUAGUUUAAGAUAACUGUUGUAUUUUCUUAAGCGUACAUUACACAACUAAUUAAAGAUAAAAUAAAAAUUA